GAUUUGUCAAUUUCAUAUCGGGGCGCAUCUGUCUCGUCCUUUGGCCUGAUAAGUACAUACUUCCGACCAUGACGGCUUCCCACGUAAUUCAGAUAUGGAGACAACACGUCUUACUGGGUGAGUAUACAUGGCGAGUUUUGCGAACAUCAUAUCGGGAAAGCCACCAGUGGCAAUCCGUGGACUGUGUGCUUACCGCCGUCCAUGGCGUGUGUCCUUUCGGAGCUAGCCUCACAAGAAGCCCCAACGACCUACGUGUUGUCGUUGUUCACCAAGGGAAGCCGACGCUGCUUGAGGCGAAAUCCUUUGGCGCGGCAGAAGCUUACGAAUUCUUCUUGCAGAUUCUCUUGGCGCCAGUGGCCCAAGAUCAAGAGCGGCUAAUCAGAUUAAUCAUCCCGCUGGCAAAGGGAUACAUAGUCAGGUCGGAUAUUAUCCCUAUACGCCUUCACGAUUGUGUAUUUGUUGGACAUAUCAAAUCGUUUGCAAAACCACUGCAACGCUACGAAAAUGAAGCCACCCCUAUUGUAAAGGACGACGUUUCCUUGCCAGCGAUAUUUGCUGCGGCCGCAGCCUGCAUACUUAUGCGUCCGGUACCUCAGGUUGAUCUAGAAACUGUAUCUUUGGAGUUGGACGAAGAGCUUGAUAAUCGACUCUCAUUCCCAUGGAUCAUCACAGAGACAGCCCGUCAGAGGACUCUCGUGCUGGUUGACGCGAACAGCUCACAUCCGGAAGAUGGACUUGGCCUUUACACCGCUGCCACGGCGUUAGGAAUCAGUUUGGUUGUCUUGGAUAGUGCCGGACACUGGCUCGGAAGCCCCGAGUACGCCCACGUAUGCGAGGCUUUCAUUCCGACGCGAUUGACCAACCCUCCAGAGGAGGAUAUGAAAGACCACAUCCUCGCAUCUAUACGGGCCUAUGGUAAGCCUGUAGACGGUAUCGUCACCUUUGCAGACACCUAUUGGCCUCAAGUCGCCGAGGCCGCCAAGGUCAUAGGUCUGCCAACCGCAUCCCCAGAGGGAUUCAGGAUUGCCACAAACAAGUAUCUUACAAGCAAAUUCGCCGGUCAUCAUGCCUAUCGUGCGUCGAGCCUCGAUCAGGCUAUCACGGUAGCCCAGGAGCACGACCUGCCUUAUCCUUUAAUCAUUAAACCCUGUGGGGGGUGGAGCUCUGAAGGCGUGUACCGUGUCGAUACGCGUAGCGCACUCGAUGAGGCAGUACGCGCGAUCAUCGCCUCCCGCCACGGGCCCGAGUUCGUCAUUGAGCCCUAUUGUGACGGACCCGAGGUCGAUGUCAACCUUGUGCUACAGGACGGAGAGCUACUAUUCUUCGAGGUAUGCGAUGAUUUACCAAAGUCAGCCGAUAUCAAUGGACCAAGCGUUGGUUCUUUGACCAACUUCCAUGAGCUGUGCAGUGUUUAUCCCUCAAGCCUACCGGAGGCAGAGAUUGAGUUAUUGCGUGAAACCUUUCUGGCCAUGUUGCUGUCGCUUGGCCUACGGAACGGGGUGAUGCACCUGGAAGGACGAAUAGAGAACUCCAUGGUCGAGUAUAUGACUGAGGAUGGGGUUAUGGUGCUCUCCCCACGGAGCAGCGACAGUGAUCGUACACCAAAGGCAUGGCUGAUCGAGAUCAAUCCUCGCCCUCUAGGAAUGACAGGCUCCCAGAUCAUCGAAUCCACCUACGGAAUCGACUACUGGGGCUUAGCAUUACUCUCGGCCGUGGGUGAUACGACUCGUGUUCGUGCCCUUGCCCGCCCAUUCCUCAAGGGACCGCAAUAUACCAGUGUUAUGGUUUUCAUCCCGGCCGACUUUCCCUCCUCGUGUCAAGGUAUCUUUGAUUCAGACGACAUCUGCGCGGACCUCAUUUCACGAAGACCUGAUCUUGAAGCAUUCAUCAGUAGAUGCGGUUGUCUUGUCAAACGAGGACAACGUGUUCCCCAUCCAAGCACCGGUCGGAACACAUUCCUCGCUUACUUCAAUGUCUAUUCAAGGAGCAGUCGUGAAGAAGCAUUGAAUAUUGCCAAACAGGUUCGAGAGGCAGUUAGAUAUAUUUUUAUUUGAAUCACAAAGCAACCAUCAAAAGAGUUCUUCCCUUAGAGCCAGGAAAAGCCAGGAAGAUUACGCACACAGUAAUUUGGAGAGAAUAUAGGUGGGUAGGAAAGGUUAUCAUUGUAUUUGAUAAGUCCUUAACUUGAUUGGCAUAAUCCGCCAGCCAGGUUUCAGUGCAUUUUGGAUUGGAGCAGUUGCAAGCGGGUUAGGCCCAGACUAAAGAGAAGGCCGGUCUUGUCCUGAUGUUCAUGUCUUACUCUGGACUAGCUGUUUACGAAGACUUAUAGAUACUGC